AUAUUACAAUCGAUUUUAGUUCCACCUCUAGCCAGUUUUACCAAACAAGCGUUUUCCAAAAAAUAAAUUAAAUUUGAUCAAUAAAAGCGAAGAAUUUCAGCAGCCAUGCCAGCUUUAGACGCGGAAGCCAACGAGGAUCAGUUCAGUAAUGACCAGUCCAAGCCAAUGUCUGGGCCCAUUGUCGGCAUCAUCUAUCCGCCGCCGGAAGUCAGAAAUAUCGUUGACAAGACCGCCAGCUUUGUGGCACGCAAUGGACCGGAGUUCGAGGCCCGUAUCCGACAGAAUGAGUUGGGCAACCCGAAGUUCAAUUUUCUCAAUGGAGGCGAUCCCUACCACGCCUACUACAGACACAAGGUCAACGAGUUUCGCGAGGGCAAUGAUGCCGGGAUCACGGCCAUAGCCGGCAUGAAGCAGCUGGCGGUGACUAGUGCCGCCCAACAGCGACAGCAGGAGCUCUUGAAGCAGGUAGUGGAGCAGCAGUUUGUGCCCAAAGAACCGCCGCCGGAAUUCGAGUUUAUUGCCGAUCCGCCCUCCAUUUCCGCCCUGGAUUUGGACAUUGUGAAGCUAACAGCUCAGUUUGUGGCCCGUAAUGGCCGCCAGUUCUUGACCAAUCUGAUGAGCCGUGAGCAGCGCAACUUCCAAUUUGAUUUCUUACGGCCCCAGCACUCGCUCUUCCAAUACUUCACCAAGCUGCUGGAGCAGUACACCAAGGUUUUGAUUCCGCCCAAGGACCUGCUGGGCAAGCUCCGGGCAGAGAGUGCUCCGGGCAGGGCAAGCAUGAACCAGGUGUUAGAACACGUCAAAUACCGGGCCAACUGGCAGCGCCACCAGGAGGCACAGCGUCGCCGCGAGGAGGAGAAGAUCGAGAGGGAGCGUGUAGCCUACGCCCAGAUUGAUUGGCACGACUUUGUGGUGGUGGAGACUGUGGACUAUCAGCCCUUCGAGUCUGGCAACUUCCCGCCGCCCACCAAUCCCGACGAGGUGGGUGCUCGCGUGCUCAUGGAAGAGCGCCUUAUGGAAGAGGAGGGCGACACCGAGAUGCAGAUCGAAUCGGACGACGACGAUGACGCCCAUGUUAGCAGCCACUUGGAGAGCGGUCUUAAGCUUUCGCAGAUGGAGAACCGUGUGGGCAUUCAGAUGAAGAACGUGUCAUCCUAUAGCCAACCAACGGGUGCCAAGCGGGAUAAUACCCAGGUACAAGACAUGGACGAGGCCUCCAGCGACGAGGACACUCCAACGACUAAGCUGCAGCCAUCGGUGGCACCCAUGCUGCCGCCCACUCAUGACAAGGUGGUGGUCAAGAAAUACGAUCCCAAAGCCACGCAACCCAAGCCGGCGCCUAUGCCCACGGACGAAUACCUCAUCUCACCGAUCACAGGCGAGAAGAUCCCGGCCUCCAAGGUCUCGGAGCAUAUGCGUAUCGGUCUGCUGGAUCCCCGCUGGGUCGAACAGCGCGACAAGCACACCGUCGAGAAGAUCAACCAGGACAACGUAUUCGCCGCAGGCACUGCAAUCGAGGCGAGUCUCAAGCAGUUGGCUGAGCGUCGUACCGAUAUAUUCGGUGUGGGCGAUGAGGAAACAGUUAUUGGCAAAAAGCUGGGCGAAGAGGAGACCAAGAAGGACGACCGCGUGACCUGGGAUGGCCACACGUCCAGUGUUGAGGCCGCAACGCGUGCUGCCAGAGCAAAUAUCACGCUAGAAGAGCAGAUCCAUCAGAUUCACAAGGUCAAGGGUCUGCUGCCUGACGAGGAGAAGGAGAAGAUUGGGCCCAAGCCGGUGGGCAACAAGGCCACGCUCUCGGCACCACCACAGCCGUCGACAAGGUCCCAGACCAGUCACUCCAGCCAGAGCCAACACCAUCAAGGUGGAGGCGGCGGUGGUCAUCACGGCCACCAUAGCAUGCACCAUCAUCAUCCGCCGCAGCAGCAUCAGCAGCCGCCUCAGCAUCCGCCCCACCACCAUCCUCAGCAGCCAACACAACCUGUAAUGGCGCUCAUGCAACUGCGUCCACCGAUGAUGCAACCGCCCUAUGGAGCUGGCGGUGGGGGCUACAUGAACAUGCAGUCGGGUGGCGCACCUCAACAGCUGGCACCAGCUCCGCCGGUUGAUUUAAUUGAGGAAGAGCCUCCAGUCAAAAAGCUGCGUUCGGAGGAUAACCUCAUACCAGAGGCCGAGUUUAUUGCCUCACACAAGAGUCCUGUAACUAUUCAGGUUCAAGUGCCCAAUUCCGACAAAUCCGAGUGGAAGCUAAAUGGCCAAAUGAUAGCCGUAACUAUGGCCCUAUCUGAGCCCAUCACCAAUCUCAAGACGAAGCUUCAGGACGAAACCGGUAUGCCGCCGGCCAAGCAGAAGAUCUUCUAUGAGGGCAUGUUCUUCAAAGAUAGCAACACGAUGGCUUUCUACAAUCUGGUAAACGGAACCACAGUGCAUUUACAGGUCAAGGAGCGUGGUGGCCGUAAGAAGUAGACCGAGAAUCAAUUAAAAG